GGAAACGAAAUCGAGGCACAGCUCACACUGUGAGUCGCUGCGGCGAUGCCUAGUGUGACUGUGUUUAAGGCCCUCAUUAGGGUAGUGCUACGACAGUGAUGCUACACCAGUGCGCCAACGACGAUGAGGAGCAUGCCCCGCUCCGAAUGUAGUUGGUAGCAGAUUCACAGUCGAUGGAGGGUGUCGAGAUAAAAGCUAGUCAUUAUGGAGGCGUGGGAAACCACCACAACUAACGGUUAGCAUCCAAGCGUCACAUGGGUCUGCCAAGAGUCAGCCAUUCUCCAAAGUGCCUCCCCAGCAACAGCGAUUGUAAGCAAUGCGGAAUCGUGUGUCAGAGGAAAAGGCCCCCGCCCCAAAAGCAGAGAACCAGCGAGGGACAACACAACGUAGAGCGCAGACGGCUGAGAGUACAAAGGGCCGCCAGUCGUCUCCACAGGCGUCACGAGCGGCGCAGAAGCCGUCAGCAGCAUCUUCUCGCCGUCAUCGAGACUUGAGCGACUCGGUCGCUCAGACGCAGAAGCAGGUGACACAGAUCCUAGAAGCGAUCACGUCAAUUGAAUCGGACGCAGUGGCUGUGGUGUGCAUUAUACAAGUGUUUAUUUAAUAAUGUGAUACUACUUGUUUUUCACUAAUUAGUGUAUUUGUAUUGUAGAAAAACUCGUUGUCACUGCUGCUGCGUGUGAUCCGAUCCGCGCCACAAAUUACAGCCGAGUGCAUCCACGAGCAGAAUGGCGAGCUGCGUCUGCUCGACACGAUCCAGACGCACUCGUCUCAUGCAGUACUUCUGUGUUAUGGGUGUGUUCUCAUGCGUAAGUUGUGCCAUCUCAGUGUCGAGUCCGUCGAGUUGUUUGUCCAGCAUGGGAUCAUCCCUACUGUGGCUCAGGCGCUGCUGAGCUUCCCCGAGGACGCCAUCCUGCAGGCGUCGGCAUGUGGAUGUCUUGCAGUGUUAACACAAACCAGUGGCGUCAGUAAGAACGAGAUGCUAGCCUUGAACGAUCCGAGCAUUCUGGGACUGAUGCUCGCGUCGCUCGAGACCCAUCGCGAGUACUCAAAUCUGACGCGUCAAGUCCAGAUUUAUGCGUGUGAAGGUGCGCUGCUAAACGGACGUAGCUACUUGUCUUCGUUUUGGUGACUCUGCGAUGUUGUUUGCCAGUUUUGACUGAAUUAUGUGACUACGGCGGGCCGUCAACGGUUGCCUCACUGAUCGCCCUUGAUUGCCAGCGAAAGAUCGAGUCCCCAAUUCAACUAGCGGUGUCACUGACUCGACAGAGCAUGGCUCGUGAAGAUAAGAAAGUGACGUGUUCGUUCUGCAGUCUUUUGUUGUGUCUUGCGUCAAAUAGUUCAGCUGCGGCCGCAAGUUUGCGUGAAGUUGGUGUCAUUGCUGAUAUAUCUGUCGUUAUGGCAAAGUAUCCCGUCGACGAAGGUAUUAUCCGAUUCUCCACCGCCGCACUGCGAGAGAUCGCGGAAACCAGUCUGAGUCACUCACCGUCCAAAAGUGUCCAUGAAAAGGCUCGCCUUAUUCUAGACGAGCAUUCGUCUCCGUUGAGUUCGACACCAGCGGCAGCAGCGAAGCGAGAGCGCUCCCCUGCGGCUGCAGCUCUGAGUAGUCGAACCCGCGACACCUCGCCACGAUCAACCAGCAGGAAAGGAGAGUCGGGGCAAAAGUCAACUGGUCGUCGUCGACCUAAGUCUCCUAGCAGCCGUCCCAACACUUCUUCGGGGAUACCAGUACCGAGCAGCGUGCGUUCGUUUGGGCAGAUGUCAAAUGCUCUUGGGGACGCGCCAGGUUCGUCUUUCUUCACGUCUCCAGUCAAACUUAAGGAUGAUACCCGAAGUUUGACGCCGAAAGCGUCACGAUUGCCUCCUCCACGUAGCCGAAACGAGCAUAUUCAGCGAGCAGGAGAGAUGAAGCGACGGAAAAACGGUAAUGAACAGCGUGAUCGACUGCUUAUGAAAACGUAUGGUCAUGCACCUUUAGGCUCCAAGACCCAGAGAUCAGGUGAUACUAUGGACAGGGGCUUCUCUCGGGACAGCUCGCUAAGGCGCUUUAGUCCGUUGAAGAACAACUAUUUUGGAUCAGAGGGCGUGACCUUCGUUAUUCCUCCGCCACUUUCAAGCAGCCAGUCGCUGGAGCAACCGAUCGUGUCCAAGACACCGACUCGUCCGCAUUCAGCGCGUCUUACUCCAUUAGUGAACGAGCGCGUUAAAAUAUCCCCUGCAAGUUCAGUAGAGUGGGGGAGCGGAGACGAUGAGUGGCAUAUGGAAUCUAGCAUGAGCACGGGCAAUCUGCGCCCACAGACUGCUGUAGUAGUGACUAAACUGACGGAUCCUACCAGGCAGCAAGGGCGCAGCAUACAAGACCCAGGAAAGAAAAAAUCAGAAUGGGGUUCGCCGCCGACAUCGAAGAGUGCACGCAGAUCCCCACGUAGUCGAAGGAAAGGCUCGUCUAGCUCUACUUCUAUUGUCAUUGAAGAUGAUUCGAAAAUUCAAGAACGAACCAUUGAAGCUCCCAUUGCAAUUGUGCCGCCUGCAAGAACAAAUAGCUCGUCCGACCUGACAGAUAUGGAUCAAUCGAUGGCCGAACUGCGCGAGUUUGCGCAACAGCUACUCAAAGAAGAAGCACGGAUAUCGUCAUUACUGGCACAAACUGGAUCCAAAUCUCCGGGGCUCAAUCGCAUGAGUUUCUCCGACAAACUUCACAAAAUGAUUCAAAUCGCCGAAUCCUCCAUGUAUGAGCGGAGUCUUGCCAUGAUCUCGCAUGUUGCACGUGAUGCUACUGGACGGACACCACUUGGAUCUGCAGAAAUGACUCCUAACGCUCGUGCCGAGAGAUCGACUGCUGCAAGUGACGUGAUCAAGACGCCAAAUCCUCGGAAUGGACCACAAGCUGCUGUGUCCAAGUCUGAUGCUCCAAAACUGCCGUCCUCUGGAUACAAGAAAUCGCGUGCAUCAGGCGUUGGGCAAAAGAAAGAGAAGAAAGCACCGGCUACAGUUGCUGUGGUGUCCCCAAGUGGAGAGCGAAAGCUUCUUUCAAAGCUGGACCCAACUAUGCGUUCUCCUUCUAUUCCGUUCUUGAAGCCACUUCAUGUUGGCCCCGAGAAAGCACCAGCGAAGACUUUGAGCGAACAAGAGGGGGAUAUAAGUAAAGAGAAGUUCGUCUUGUCGGAUAUGGAGGACUCACCUUAUAAGAAAAAGGAAGAGCCUGACACCUUUCAAGAAGAAUCUAUACAAGAAGAGAUCUCAAUCGGGGUGUUGCCAUCCGAAAUGCUCGGGCAUGUGGAGGAAAAAGAGAAUGAAGUCAUUCCCGAAAACAUCCAUGUGAUACACGAUGAGCCAAGACAUCACAAUUUUGAUGAUACUACAUCGAUACCGACGGAUGAAACCCCAAUCAUAGAGGAGAUUGGCUUUGCGUCACCAUUGAAGGGCUAUAGCGCCUUGCCCCUAGAAGAUACAUAUGAAGAAGAUCACACAGCGUUUGAACCAAAAGACUGGAAGAGUGAGCAUGAUGAGAUUGAUCCAGCACAACCACGAAUUCCCAGUGAAGAUAAACUAUAUUACGCUCCAGUGAACGAGAAAUACGCUAAAGAGGAAGAUACCGAUGGGUUUGAGUUUGUUGAGCUGUCAAACCAGAGUCAAGAGGACCCGAAGAUAUUGAUGGACUGGAUGCGUGGUCGUGAUGUCUGCCAACUGAUAGCAGCUCGUGCGAUUUCGGCUGCUCUGGUUGAAGUCGAAGCAAUGGGAGAACUGUGCACUGUGCUACCCGGAGAUGAUACUGCUGGUCGUAAACCCGAUCAAUAUGCCGAUAAAGUGGCGCCAUCAUCCCCAGAGAUUCCCUCUGCUGACAACAAUGAUGAGGAUAGUGAUGAAUGUGAAGAGCACUUGACCGUAGCCAUGUCUAAUGCUGUAGCUCUCUCCGUCAAAGCCAUGUUGGCUGAGACAAUCGGUAAGGUUUCACUUCGAUUAGAUUCGCAAAUGGAUCCAGAAAAUACGCUCGCCGCGAAAUUGAACGAGAUAGUAAAAGCCGAUGACAAGACCGUGGAUGAGUUUGGCAGCAUACGCGAGAAUGAGUUAGUAAACCCAGUAAAUAGCCUGUUCGAGAACAAGGCAGGUGACGAAGGAUCUAUUGCCAAAAGAGUAACCACGACCGAGUCGAAAAAGCCAGAGGAGCCAACAGAAGGCAAAGCCGCGGUUGCGGAAGUUGAGAAGGACGCUGUCGCCGCGGAAGUGCAGGACGCGGUGGAACAGGCUGUUCAAGCCGUGUCCGAUGCUGCGUCGGAGACCACCGCGGAAGCAGUACCGACGGGCGAGACGGCGGAACCCGCGACAAUCGAGCUCGGAAUGACAGUACCCGAGACGGCGGAACCCGCGACAAUCGAGCUCGAAAUGACAGUACCCGAGCCGAUGGAGCCCGAGACGAUGGAGCCCCAAACAAUUGAGCGAGCGCCGGCCGAGUCAGAGACGAUUGAGCCCGCGACGGCGGACGCAGCUGAUGCCGCCGACGUGAUAGAGGUCGCUGCUGUUGCCGAGGCCCUGGUGUGUGCGGUGGAGUGUGCAGCGCUCGCUGCAGUGGCGAAGGAGACGGUGACUGCCGUCGAGGAGGAAUCGGCGGUGGCGGAAGUUGAGAAGGCCACUGUCGCCGCGGAAGUGCAGGACGCGGUGGAACAGGCUGUUCAGGCCGUGUCCGAUGCUGCGUCGGAGACCACCGCGGAAGCAGUACCGACGGGCGAGACGGCGGAACCCACGACAAUCGAGCUCGAAAUGACAGUACCCGAGACGGCGGAACCCGCGACAAUCGAGCUCGAAAUGACAACGAUGGAGCCCGAGCCAAUUGAGCCAGCGCCGGCCGAGUCAGAGACGAUUGAGCCCGCGACGGCGGACGCAGCUGAUGCCGCCGACGUGAUAGAGGUCGCUGCUGUUGCUCUGGUGUGUGCGGUGGAGUGUGCACCCCGUGAUGGUUUGGUAAAAGAAACGGCCCUCGCUGUGGUGGAUGAAACUGUGGAGGACGUGCCGGUCGAGACCAAGGUGUUUGAUACAUCGUUGAUGUCGACAAAACGCGAAGCUGCGGUUGAUGAGGUUGAGAAGGAUAAUACCUUCGAUGAUGUUCAAGAGGUGGUGGAACAGGCCGUAUCCGAAGCUGCUUCGGUGAUGGCCGCGGAAGUAGCACCGACGACCAUGAUUACCAUGAUGACAGCGACGACUGAGAUGACACACCUGACUGAGUCGACGGAUGCAACCGAUUUUAUCGUUGAAACAAGACCUCUAGUUGAUGACCAAUUCAUCAGGGCGUCAAAGGAACAUACGAUGGACAAGGUGUUGCCACUCGAGGAGCCUUCACCCGAAAACCCCGAUGAUGUUGAUCUGGAGACUGAGGUUGCAGCGACUGCACAGGACUUGGUGAAAGCGGUUGAAGUGCAAGCGACUCCCUCGUACGUGGUUUCUGCUGCUGCUGUAACGAGUGCCGUCAUCGGUACGCUGCUCGGACUGAUCGACACGGUCGAGCUUGAGCUUGAAGGACCGGACGAUUGGGACACAGCGGCGGUAAUCCACACAGCACCGGAAGAAUCAGACAGCAGCGUCCUGCCACUCGCGCGUGACGUCGCCACGUCCUCAACUUAUCGCAAAACUAAAGACGUGCGACCCGAAUCUAGUGACGACGCAGUCCGAGAUGCCGACUUUGUCGAGCUCGUCCGACUGCCCGAGCCAAGUCCCGCUGAAUUAUCCGCUGCAGCCGUCGGCGUGGCCGUCGUGGGAGCUCUUUUGGACACCGUGGACGCAGUGGAUAUCGAUCCGUGAAGCAGGAAUAGAAAAUAAUUAUACUGUAAAUAGAUGGACAUUGGCAAGAUGUGUAGCAUUGGU